AUGAGUAGCACAGCGAGGAGAGCAGCGUCGAACUUUGGAAAUCUUCCAUCAUCUCGCUCUACCAAAUCAUAUUCUGCUACAAUGCGUAAUACAGCAAGAACUAAUUACAACGCAGAUCUUGAAAUGAAAAGAAUCAAAACUACUUCACAUAUUAAUGCCGAAUUUUCAGAAAGAAGUGCACGCGCCAAAACUUCAUACAAAAAAGUACCGACUCGAAUCUCAAAUCUAAAUAUUCGCGACAUUGUUCAACCAUUUAAAGAAGAACCAAAGGAUGUUGUAGAAAAGGAAGAGAAAAAUGAGACAGAAGUUGUAAAUUCUAGCAUUUUCUUAACGUUCGACCUUCUAAAAGCGAUGACUCCAAAAAGAUGUAUUAAUUAUUUGACUCAAACACCAAUAUUUUUGAGAACCAUGUUUAUGGAAGGUUACUUAGACUCAGAGAUUGUUAGCAGUGUAGCGCUUUCUCUAACCCAAUCUGAAUUACAAAAAUUUAUGAUUAAUAUGACUCAAGAACUUAAUUUCUACUCAGCAAUACAAACAUGCCAAACAAUACCUGAACUUGAAGCCCACAUUCCAAAGCUUAUUUCAAUGCAACGCAUAACAAUUUGGACAAAAAUGGAUAACUCAAAUUAUUUAACAUCUCAAACACUGAAAGCAGUACUUCCUCUUGACCAAUCAUGUGUAGGUGUACCUUUCUUACAUAAAGAUGAUUAUAAUACAGGAGAUCCAGGAAAUUUCCAAAAUUUCUCAAUAUCAAACGAUUUACCUUUGCUUCGCGGAGUUAAAUCAAUGUUAUUGCUUCCAAUCACUUUCUUUGAUGACGAAGUUGUUGCUGUUCUUCAAUGUGUUGGUCUUAAAAACCCAAUUACAGAAGAACAAAUGGAAUUUACUCCAUAUUACUUCGAAGUUUUCAAGAUUGUCCGUGAUCUUAUUCAGAAACGAUUCUUCUCUGUUCCAACAUAUAGAGUUGUUCCAUCUAAUGUUUCAAACAUUUUCUCCGAAGUAGAAACUUCUUCAGUUUCUCACACAGCGAAAAUGAUUUCGAAAUUUUUCACGAUGACAAUUCCAUGCGAGCAAUGCGAUUUGUUCGAGUUCGAUGACAGGUACAGAUGCCUUAUAAGACUUUCCGAUGGUGAGAGAUUCGGAGAAGUUGAAGGAGGUGUCUCUUUCCAAGCAGGAAUCUCUCCAUCAAUCGUGAAUGUUCCUCAUGGCCAAGUUCACGAAAAAUUGUCAGAAGUAUUGGACGGAAAGUUCGCGAAUAGAUCAAUACUUAGUAGAUCAUUACAACAAGGAAGAGCUCAUUAUGUUAUAACAUUAAGAGCCAAACCAAACGCACCAUCAUUCUCCAACCAAGACUCAAAACUUGUAUCCGAAAUGACACCUUUAAUUUGCGACGCAUUGAAACUCGCGACAUUUCUUCAAGACCAAAAGAACGAGAAGAAAGAGAUUCAACACGAAAGAGAUAUCCUCGAUGCUGCUAUUGAUACUAUAUCUGCCAUAUCUACAACAGGUGUUGAUAAGUACACAGCGUUACUUGGAACAGCCAAGAAGUUAUUUGGUUGCACUGAAAUGUUUAUUUGUAUUUUCGAUGGAAGAUACAUGAGAUAUUUCCCAACAGAUGUCAAGUGCAAGUUCGAGGAUUGCGCUGCUGGACAGGCUUAUAACUAUAGAGAGACAGUUUGGACAAGAGCAAAUGAUACAAAACAAAGAUAUUUGCCUCAAUUAUAUGAUCAGUUAAAAGUAAAAAGAGAAACAUCAAUUUGUUUCCCAUACAGAGCAAAUGGAAGAGUUGUUGGAAGUAUCGAAAUGAUCAAUCCUACAAGAAUGGAAUUGGAUAAGAGCGAAGAGAAAAUCUUCGGAAAUAUGUGUGGAGCUGUUGUCCAUGAAACUUAUGCAGCAAAAAUUCAGUAA